CGACACACCUUCCCAUGCGUUAGCAAGCUGACUUUACCCAUAGUGCUGAAGUCAUAACAUCAGUGUGGAUACUUUUAUUAACUAUGUGGAAAAAGUUAGGUUUAGUUUUAUUACAAUUUUAAUUUUGCAGUUCUGUGUGAAACAUGGCGCCAAAGAAGAGGGCUCGAGCUGCUGCGAUAGCCAAUCAGAGUAAAGCCCUCGAAGGUUCAUCUGAUGCUAAGGAUGGUGACGGAGGUCGUGAAAGAAAGAGAGUAGCAUCUGCAAAAAAGUCUGAGUCCCAGAAAAACACGAGUUCAGCCUUAGAGAAAGCCACAUACACCCACUGGCUGAUGAAGUCUGAACCUGAGAGCCGCAUAGAGAAUGGAGUGGAUGUGAAGUUUGGAAUUGAGGACCUGAAAGCUCUCCCCAAUCAAACAGGCUGCUGGGACGGAGUGAGGAAUUAUCAGGCUCGUAACUUCAUGCGGGAUAUGAAAGUGGGUCAGCAGGCUUUCUUUUACCACAGCAACUGUAAAGAGCCGGGAAUAGCAGGCAUUAUAAAGAUUGUAAAGGAAGCGUAUGUUGACCAUACACAGUUCGACAAGAAAGACGUGCACUAUGAUCCAUCCAGCAAACCCGAGAACCCUAAGUGGAGUAUGGUGGACGUUCAGUUUGAGAGGAUGACCAAGCGCUUCAUUCCACUGACGGAGCUGAAGAAAUAUCACCUGAAGCACAAGGGCAGUGGUGGAGCACUCAGUUGCAUGGCCCUGUUCACCAGAGCUCGGCUUUCGGUGCAGCCCUUAACUGCAGAGGAAUUUGACUUCGUCUUGAGUCUGGAAGACACAGACCCCGUAUAAGGACAAAAACUAUUCUGGGUCUUUGAAUUUGAAUUGUUCUGUCAAUAAUACAAGCUCUGAACUAAUAUCACAAAUGUUCAAAUUCACCUGUAACCACCAAGAUUGAUUAUUUUGGUUUAGAAGGUGUUGCUCUGUGUAGGGAAUAUCUGGUUAACCACUGUGUCAUUUGUUGCAAGCAAAC